CACUACCGUGCACAAUCGCAAUUUUCCCUCUUUCUCUUCUUCCAAAACCCUAAUCACACUCGCAACCCACGCUUCCUAUCUCCUCUUCCGCCACUGUAACGCCACCACCAUGACGGUGGAUAUCGACGAAUUGGCGGCUAGUCACAACAUCGACCUCACCCAAAUCGAUUUGGACUCGAUUCACCUCCCUCCCGGCGAAGAUUGUGGCAUCUUAAGUGAUGAUGAAGAUCUCAGAGCAGAAGAAAAUACUGAAUUCGACCCAGGGUAUUCGAACAUAAUUGUAGUGGAUCAUCUUCCGCAAGUUCCGAAGGAGAAAUUCGACAAGCUAGAAAGUGUAAUUCGUAAGAUUUAUAGUCAAAUUGGUGUGAUUAAGGAAAAUGGAUUUUGGAUGCCGGUUGAUCCUGCUACCGAGAAAACACUUGGUUAUUGCUUCAUCGUGUAUAAUACUCCUCAGGAAGCUGAGCUUGCGAAGGAGAAGACUCAUGGGUACAAGUUGGAUAAGUCCCAUAUUUUUGCAGUUAAUUUGUUUGAUGAAAUUGAUAAGUUUAUGAAAGUUCCUGAUGAAUGGGCUCCACCCGAGAUAAAGCCGUACACUCCUACGAAAAAUCUACAGCACUGGCUUACUGAUUCAAAAGCUAGAGAUCAGUUUGUUAUUCGUGCUGGCGAACAUACAGAGGUCUUGUGGAAUGAUGCUAGACACAUGAAGCCAGAUCCUGUUUAUACUCGCCGGUUUUGGACCGAAAGCUUUGUUCAAUGGUCACCAUUGGGCACUUAUUUGGCUACAGUCCACCACCAAGGCGCUGCUGUCUGGGGCGGGGCCGAUACUUUUGAUCGCAUACAUCGUUAUGCUCAUCCUAUGGUUAAAUUCAUUGAUUUUUCUCCUGGAGAGAACUUCCUUGUCACUUACAGCAGUCAUGAACCAAGCAAUCCCCGCGAUACGCAUAGGGUUGUAAUCAAUAUCUUUGAUGUGAGGACUGGAAAGGUGAGGAGAGAUUUCAAAGGAAGUGCUGAUGAGUUUGCAGUUGGUGGAACUGGUGGUUUGACUGGGGUCAAUUGGCCCAUUUUCAAAUGGGCUGGUGGAAAAGAUGACAAAUAUUUUGCCAGAAUAGGGAAGAACGUCGUCUCUGUGUAUGAAACAGAGACCUUUAGUCUAAUAGAUAAAAAGUCUAUAAAAGUGGAAAAUGUUAUGGAUUUCUGUUGGUCUCCUACAGAUCCGAUAUUGGCACUUUUUGUUCCAGAGCUUGGAAACCAACCAGUACAGGUAAGUUUAUAUCAGAUCCCAAGCAAAGUGGAAAUUAGACAGAAGAAUCUGUUCAGUGUCAGUGAUUGUAAAAUGUAUUGGCAAAGCAAUGGAGAGUACCUAGCAGUCAAAGUUGACAGGUAUACAAAAACCAAGAAAAGCACAUAUACUGGCUUUGAGCUUUUCCGGAUCAAGGAGCGUGACAUACCUAUUGAAGUCUUAGAGCUUGAAAAUAAGAAUGACAAGAUCAUUGCGUUUUCAUGGGAGCCCAAGGGCCAUAGGUUUGCUGUUAUCCAUGGUGAUAACCCAAGGCCUGAUGUAAGUUUCUACUCGAUGAAGACUGCUCACCACACAAGCCGAGUUUCUAAGCUCACAACUCUUAAGAGCAAGCAAGCUAAUGCACUUUACUGGUCACCUAGUGGUCGGUAUAUUAUAUUAGCUGGGUUGAAAGGAUUCAACGGGCAGCUUGAGUUUUUCAAUGUUGAUGAGCUUGAAACUAUGGCCACAACUGAGCAUUUCAUGUGUACUGACAUUGAGUGGGAUCCUACUGGAAGGUAUGUCGCAACUGCUGUUACUUCAGUUCAUGAGAUGGAGAAUGGGUUCAACAUUUGGUCCUUCAAUGGGAAACUGCUUUAUAGAAUACUAAAGGACCAUUUCUUUCAGUUUAUAUGGCGCCCUAGACCGCCAACUUUGUUGACUCCAGAAAAGGAAGAGGAAAUUGCAAAGAAUUUGAAACGGUACAGUAAGAAGUAUGAAGCCGAAGACCAGGACGUGUCUCUGUUGCUUAGUGAACAAGAUCGUGAGAAGAGGAAACAGUUGAAGGAAGAAUGGGAGUCGUGGGUAAACAAAUGGAAAAAGUACCACGAAGAAGAGAAAUUGGAAAGAGAAAAUCUUAGAGAGGGUGAAGUAAGUGAUGACGAUGAGGAAUACGAGGCUAAGGAAGUUGAGUAUGAGGAGGUUGUGGGUGUUGAAGAAGAAAUAGUCGAUUACGAGCAGUAAGUAAGGCCCAUUAUACACUGCCCUUGCUUCACCAUUACUUUCAACGUUCGAAUCACUGACUGCCGAGACAACAACUUCUUGCAGUUAGUUUUCUUUUUAAUUUAUUGCUUUAGUUGAUAUGUUCGUUGUAUGGAUCUGUACAAUAGGCUCUGAUUCGGCAUUUGUUGUUUAUCAAUCCUGUUUACUUGCAAGAGUUUUUUGGUUUAUAGAGAGAUUUUACUUGCUCAUAA